UAGACCCCUGUGGGACACCGAACCGACCGCACCUGUGCCGCCGUCAAACAAAAUGACCGCCGAAACUUACGGACACCGACUCAUCUACGAGAAAGACAUGUUCGCGUCUGACGUGAUGUUGGAGUACUCCACUGAGGAGUGCUACCUGUCCUGGCCGAGGUCGCCUGACUCGGGCAGGUCCAGCCUGGAGCCUACCCCGUCCAUCGAUGGCAGCAUCAACCAGGACUCCGCACACAUCGCCUACCGAGGAUUGUCGCGCGAUGUGCUGGAAGACAGUGCUGAAGACAAUGAAGUUCUGGAGUCAGGGAAGAGGCGUGGCCGCGCCACUAGUGCUGCAGUGUUGAGGAGGAGGCGCCUAGCAGCCAAUGCUAGAGAAAGGAGGAGGAUGCAGAACUUGAAUAAGGCGUUCGACCGACUCCGAGGUCACCUCCCUUCGCUGGGCGCUGACCGCCAACUCUCCAAGUACGAGACGCUUCAGAUGGCACAAACCUACAUCUCCGCACUAUAUGAGCUGCUGCAGUAAGUCGCACCACACAUAGCCGCUAUUUGCCAAAUUAGAAGUAACUACAGGGAUAUUUAUUUAUUGUGUUUAAGUACCGAAAUACUCGUUACCACUUAGUUUAAUGUAUAAUCUGCUUCAAGUUAUCCGAUUUCGAAAUUUUAACUUUGGAAGUGUCGAGUUUCUGUAUCGGUUUACGUUUAAAACUUACGCUUAUUAUAUUUUUAAGUAGUUUUAAAAUUAUAGACAGUGUUUACAUUAAGACAGAGUAACUUAGCAGUGCAAAAUUAGCCAAAAUAGUAUUUAAAUAAUACUUUUAUCCAGUGUAACUCUUAGCCCCCUUUAGUCAACACUCAGGUCUAAAAUCUAACAAUGUAAAUUAGUCUAGUUUUAGUCAUAAGCACAUGUCAACAGUGUAAUCCGUCCUGCCGACUUAGACUUAGGUUAUUAACUUAGGCCCUAGAUUUUCAUCUUGCCUGAACCAGUAUUAUUAUAAUAAAUCUCGUUUGGAUCACUUUGAGUGUAUAUUGCAGUGUUAAUUAUUGAAGUGACAUUAUUAUCUAAUUGUUUAUAUUAAUUUUAAGUUUGUAAAAGUAUGUAGGGACUUGUGAAGAUGAUUUUAUA